AUGUCGAGUCCUCCGGGCCGUGUGGGGAAUCUGACCCCUGAGCAGGAAGAGAAGCUGUUCGAGCUGUGGAAGCUGAUUUUCCAGAUCUGCGGUGUUGAGGAUGACGGUAGUAGUGAAACGCCGAGUCCUGUGCAAACGCGCACGUCGACAAUCGCGUCAGAGAAGCCUAAGAAAGAGAAGAAGCGAUUAGGGCUUUUCAAGAAGAAGGACAAGAAGGACAAGGAGAAUCUGUCCGAAAAGACAGCAACUCUCGAAGGUAUCAAGGACAACGACCCUGACGAUAAGUAUGGCCACAACAAGGUAUUCCAAGAGACUCUGGCAAACCGGUCCCCCGAGAGCAUACGAGCAUCUCUGUGGGCAAUGAUCAAGAUGGACCAUCCUGACCAAUUGGUCUUGCGCUUCCUCCGGGCACGGAAAUGGGACGUGCAGAAGGCGCUCGUCAUGCUCAUUUCGACCAUGAAGUGGAGACAGGACGCCAAAGUUGAUGACGAUAUCAUGGUCAAUGGCGAGGAGCAUAUGUUCUUGCAGGAGCACCAAGGAGCCACUGAGCGUGAGAAGAAAGAAGCCAAGGAUUUCCUUGAUCAGAUGCGCAUGGGCAAGAGCUUUUCGCAUGGUGUUGACAAGGAAGGAAGGCCGACGACUGUGGUGAGAGCGCGUUUACAUCGUGCCGGAGAGCAGUCCGAGGAGAGCUUGGAGAGGUACACUGUCUAUCUCAUUGAGACGAACCGAUAUUUGCUUUCGGCCCCAGUCGACACCGGUACCGUCAUCUUCGACAUGACCGGCUUCAGCAUGGCGAACAUGGAUUAUACACCCGUCAAGUUCAUGAUCCAAUGUUUCGAGGCUAACUAUCCUGAGAGCUUGGGUGUCGUCUUGGUUCACAAGGCGCCCUGGCUUUUCCAAGGUGUUUGGAAGAUUAUUAAGGGUUGGCUCGAUCCCGUUGUCGCAAGCAAAGUUCACUUCACGAACAACUUGAAAGACAUGUCCGAGUUCCUGACGCCCAGUCGAGUGCCAAAGGAGCUGGACGGUGAAGAUCCGUGGGAGUACCAUUACGUUGAGCCGGUUAUUGGUGAGAACCCGAAGUUGAAAGACACCGACACAAGAGAUACGCUGCUCGAGGAACGGGACGUGCUCUAUGAAGAAUAUGAGCAAAAGACUCUUCAGUGGUUGAAUGAGAAGGAUGCAGGGAAACGUGCAGCUAUCGUGGCAGAGCGCAACAAUCUCGCCACUAAACUCAAGGAGGGAUACUGGACUUUGGACCCGUACAUCAGGGCAAGGUCACUAUACGACAGAGUCGGCAUCUUGAACGCAGGCGGAAAGCUAGACUAUUAUUCGUGGAACAAGGCUGCCCCCGCCAACAGUGCUUCAGGCGCGGCGGCUUCUGCACCAACACUUCCAGAUUCAGCUGCAGAUGACGUAGACUGA